CCAAGCGUGUGCACCCGUCUACCCACUCUCCACUGCACCGAUAAAGGUACAGCCCUCUGGCCCCUCUAUCGUGGAGCAAAUGGCACCAUGGUUAUAGAGUGGACGGAAGUGCCGCUGGAUGUCAAUUGUGUACAGGCUGGGUUUGCCACCGUUAGAGGUGGUGAGGCGUCGAAUCACGUUGCCGCCUUAGGAAUCCAUCAAACUGACUACUUCCUAAACUCUUGCCAAAACAGGGAGGAGCAUUCCGCGUCAAUAGCGGGAAAGGCCCCAAAUACGGUACCGCUUCAUCCAGCUGCAGACAUGACUCGUCGAAACUAUGAUACUGUUCAGAUCACCUGCUCAUUCGGCCAUGAACUAUUCAGGAUCGAUCUAGAGGCUCUUCUAUACAUGGCAAAUUCCUACUCCGGCCGUAGGGACCCCCUCAGAGGUCUCAGUUGA